GGACAGGAGAAGUGGGACUGUGCAGAGUCCAUACAUACAGAAUGGGGACAGAUACCGAGAAUGACACCCGGCAUCCGGGACAGGAGAAGUGGGACUGUGCAGAGUCCAUACAUACAGAACAGGGACAGAUACCGAGAAUGACACCCGGCAUCCGGGACAGGGAGAAGUGGGACUGUGCGGAGUCUUUGGAGGUGUCAGGAAAUAAGGGGGAGGCGGCAUUAGUAUUUCUCGGAGUCCAUUGAGGGACACAAGAAUUCCAAUACAUCCGGGUUUUACUGUCACCCACAAGGGGAUUAGUCAGACAAAAUGGUGUAGGCCAGCUCAGGAUAGCCCCUCCUCUUCCCAGCAUAGCCCCUCCUCUUCCCAGCAU